AUGUCAAUGUUGCUUUUUGACUUUUCCAAUGCUUUUAACAUGGUGAGCAUAUCUCAACUCAUCAAGGAAGUUCUCCUACAUUGUCCAGGUAUUUCUCGCUGGGUAGAAUUUUGUUACUUGCGUCCUGCUAAGAUUUAUUAUGACCAUUAUAUUUUGUCGUCUGCACUUGGAGUUCAACAAGGUGACCCCCUUGGUCCCUUGUUGUUUGCAUUGACACUUCACCCUCUAGUGAAGUCCAUUGCUUCUCGAUGCACUCUUGACUUACAAGCUUGGUACCUUGAUGAUGGUACUAUUAUUGGUGAUACUUUGGAGGUGGCCAAGUCCUUGAACAUAAUAGAAACCGAAGGACCAAGUAGGGGAUUGUAUCUUAAUGUGAAGAAAACAGAAUUCUUUUGGCCUUCUAUUGAUCCUAGAAGCACGACUGAUGGUGUUUUUCCCCUUGAUAUUGGUAGACCCUCUAAUGGUGUUAAACUUCUGGGUGAGCCGAUGAGUUUAGAUUUGAACUUCAUUAACGACAUGAUGUUGACCAGGGUGAAUAAGACUGUUCAACUGAUGACGACAAUCAAAAAACUCAAAGACCCAUAA